AUGUUGAAUGGUGUGAGAUUCGGUGCUCUAAAACCCUGGUUAUGUGUUAAUAGACGGUUUCAAUCUUCUUUAUAUGGACGUCAAACAGUGUUAUCAACACUAAAAGACAGAGGCCUAGUGAAGCAAAUAUCUCAGCCCGAGGAGCAGUUAGAACAAAAGCUGCUUAAUGGUGGUAAAAUUAAGCUUUACUGUGGUGCUGAUCCAACAGCGAGUUCCUUGCAUAUUGGAAACUUGUUACCGUUGAUGGUAUUACUGCAUUUCUACAUAAAUGGCCAUGAUGUUGUUCCAUUAGUUGGUGGAGCUACAGGAAGAGUGGGCGAUCCGAGUGGGAGGAAGUCUGCAAGAACAGAUAUGGACGAUAGCAUUCGAAUGUAUAAUGUUUCUAGGAUUUCAAAACAAUUACGGACGUUUUUUGAAAACGGCUGGAAGUACUACGAGAGCAGAACGCCAGAAGAGAGCACCAAAAGAAGGCCAGGGCAAGUUUCUGUUGCGAAUAACUAUGAUUGGAUGAAGGAUUUGGGUUUGCUUGAUUUUCUAGCUACAUAUGGAAGGCAUGUUAGGGUGCAGGCGAUGCUAAGUCGGGAUUCUGUAUCUUCGAGAUUGGAAAGUCAGGACGGUCUGGCCUUCAAUGAGUUUACCUACCAGUUGCUGCAAGCUUUUGACUUUUAUCACUUAUAUAAGGAGCAUAGUGUUUCGGUCCAGGUAGGCGGGAGUGACCAAUGGGGAAAUAUUACAGCGGGUAUAGAUCUAAUAAGUAGGAUUGAACCAACUAGUAAGGCCAACCCGGCAUAUGGGAUAACGGUGCCGUUGCUGACCACGAGUUCUGGGGAAAAGUUUGGGAAGAGCGCUGGUAAUGCGGUAUUCAUAGACUCUGAGAUGACUUCUUCCUUCCAGUUAUACCAGUUCUUCGUUAACACAGAAGAUGUCGAUCUUCCAAGGCUUCUCAAAAUAUUCACUCUUCUGCCGCCCAAGAAGAUUGACGAGGUCCUAACGAAAAGCUCUAUAAAUCGCCAUUUGCGGUUCGGACAGAAGUAUCUUGCCAGAGAGGUAGUAGACCUUAUUCACGGGGUUGGUAAAGGUAAAGAUGCUGAAUCUGUUUCUGAGAUCCUCUAUGGCAAACCGCAUAGCACCUAUACUGCUCGUGAGCUAAUUAGGUUGUUCUCUGCUGCCAAAAAUUUGCACCACGCUCCCAUUGGUACGUCACUCUCAGAUUUAAUUACCAACCUUAUUAACUGUUCAAAAUCUGGCGCAAAACGGCGACUCCAGCAGGGAUCCGUGUACGUGGGCUUUAAACGUCAAAAACUAACUGAUGAUAUAUUCGACCUCAAGCCUUUCCUAAUCGAUGGACAGAUUUUAAUUUUAAGAAUUGGCAAGCAGAACUGCUUUGUCGUCAAAUUUGAAUAA